UCUUCACAUAGCCCUACACACAGGUAGUCUUUGCCUUGUGGUACUAUUUCACUUUUCUUUUUGUCCUGCACUAUAUAGUUCAGUCUCUGACAAUCCUACUUUGCCCAUUUUCUUUCUUCUUCCCAUCCGCAUCCACUCUAUUCAAACCAAAAAAAAGUCAAAAAAGUCUUAUAAGUACCCGCUCCGCCGCAACACAACACCUCACACUGCACAUUCGCAUUCACACUCGCAUUCACACUCGCAUUCAUAUUCGCAUCCACAUUCGCAUUCGCAUUCAUAUUCACAUAUCCAUCCACGCUCUCGUCCUUCCCCGCCCUGUCUCGCCUUUACUUUCUCACCAUCAUCAACCUUCUUGAACGAACACCCUAACGUCCCAUCCACGGCAAUUGCUUACUCCUUCCCUACAUCUCAGCCCUCCACAAACAUAAAAAUACAGCACAAAAUGGAAUCAUCAUCAUCAUCAUCACCGUCAUCCUCAUUCUCGCCCUCAUCUUCAUCCACUUUGUCCGACUGCGAUCUGCCCGAAAAGACGCAACUCGCAGUGGAUCUGUCCGUUGGGUGCUCGCCUUGUCCCGAAGCCUUAUUGUCCCUAGCUGCCGAAUCUGUCCUUUCCGUGCUGCAGUGCUCUCCCCGCUGUUCCUACCCCAAAAGCGCAGUCUGCACGUCGACGGCUUCAAUAGCAGCCGCCACAACAGCCACUACAGCCGGAGCCGGGGAAGAGCACCAUUUGGUUCAGUUUCUCCGUAAUAUCUGUGUAAAGGCAUGUGUGACAGAAUUAGCCCUGGUGAUCUCGUUAAUCUACGUGGAUCGGCUCAAGAAGGUGCUGACGAAUAUGGCCCGAGGAGAUCCUGACACGCCAUUCAAGAUCAUCUUGUCAGCCCUAUUGGUCGUCAAAAAGUUUAUUGAGGAAGAUUGUGUUGGUCUGAACCGAAUGUUCUCCAAGAUCACCGACGGUCUCUACUCCGUGCACGACAUCAACACGAUGGAGCGAUCCUUUCUGGGCCUGCUCAAGUUCAGUCUCUAUGUUACCGACAAGGAUGUCGCGCACUUUAUCCAAUCCCAUCAGCAUGAGCUUCAGGGAGUCGAUAUCCUCAAGACAUACACCAACAAGUCCGCGGCAGCUGCCUGAGAAGAAAAACCGUCUCCUAUAUAGCUGUCUGCGCUCAUUUUUUUUCACAUAACCAACUAAUUGUGCCACCUUGACGCACAGACAGUCUCUGGCCAUCAUCAUCAUCCGUGCACGCCAUUUUCAUUCCCUCAUCCGCAUUUCUCACAUCCACAUAUCCUCAUAGUCUAUCAUCAAUCAUAUACCACUCAUUCUUUGCGCAUACCUGUAGUCUAGAUCGUGCUAAAAAAAAUAAAAAUAAAAAUAAACAUGAACCUUGUAAUCCAUAUCUUUUCUUUGUUCCUCUCGUGGCUGGAUAUAAUACAAUCCGUACGCAACCUCAUAUUAAUGCUGUUGUUGGAAGCAAUGUCAGCCUGUUCAC